GAUUUUUAUUUUGACCCCUCCCCGGUUGACCUGGAAGUCACUGAAGGGUCGACCGCCCACCUUAGGUGCGAUGUCUCAAACAGGCACAAGAUCGUUUUCUACUGGACUCUAGACGGCAAGCAGCUGACAAACACAGCAAGACGCUACCAAGACGACAGUGACCUUAAAAUUUUGAAGGUCAGCCGGUUCAAGGACGCGGGUUCCUUCCGUUGUGUGGCCACCAACAUUUCCACUGGCAUGGCUGUUAAGAGCAAGGAGGCCAGACUGCACAUCAAAUACACGCACAAAGCAAAUGAAUGGUUUACACAAGCAAACAAGCCUAAAAAUAUCAGUUUGGGUUCAGAGGUGACCUUGAGGUGCAGUGCGGCGGGGUACCCAGAACCAUCUGUUGACUGGUAUCGUAAUCAUGUCAGGUUGAAACAAUCGGACGGCAUAAAAUUUUUAAAGAAAAAUUUGAAGAUCACUACCAUGACCAUCAGCGACAAUGGCGUCUACACCUGUCGCGCCAAAAAUGUGGCGGGCGUCAGGGAGAGCGCCAACAGGAUCGUUAUCGUUCUUACUGUGGAUCUGGAGACGUCUACAUUCCGACCACACCUGCUCGUCAAGCCAUUCGCACGAACCAUCAUCGACUGCCACUACCACAACGCACGCCUCGUUCGCUGGAAGUUCAAUGACAAUGUCGAUAUGAAAUUGUUAGAAUUACGGGAUCUGUACACAACAUUAUCAAACGGCAGCCUGCUAAUAAAGAAAGUGACGUCAUCAGAGGCGGGUGUGUACGUGUGUGAGGGUGUGGACAUACAUGGGCGGUCCUCUUCUUACACGUCACUAGUCACACUUGCUUAUCUCGACGACCUGACAGAAGAUUCUUUAGAACCCUCUAGAAUGUCUCAGCCCAUCGUUGUUCCCAUUGGCGGAAAAUUUGAUGUCACGUGUCAUGCAAGCAGGGGAGCUCCACAGCCUUCCGUCAAGUUAAAUGAUUACGGCAGCAGCAGCAACAACAACAACAACAACAUCGUCGUCAGCAACAACAACAACCUGACCUUAAAACACGCCGUUGAGUCAAUGACUGGAACAUACGUCUGCGUUGUUGAGAAUUUGGCGGGAAUCAAAAACAAAUCUAUCGAUGUCGUCAUUUCCGCACCUCCUAUCAUUAAAGAUCAUCCACUGAGUGUGCGGGUGGAAGAGGAUGAAGAUGCCGAGUUCAGGUGCAGGGUUGUGUCUUCACCAUAUCCUGUCAACAAGAUCACCUGGUGGUUCGAAGGAAAGCCUUUAAUGGUCAAAGAUCAGCCGCAGAAGUAUAAAGUAGAUGAAGGCAGGGGUGUCAUAAAAAUCAAAUCAGUGACCCCACUGGAUGAAGGUGACUACGCAUGUGCGGCAAACACAAUUGGACACCCAGUCGUCACAUCAAUCAAUGCAAGAUUAUACGUUGAAAGAAAGCUCAAAUUCAACCCGACACCUAGCGACUUUUUUUUAGAAAUGGGACACGAAGGCAAACUGAUAUGUCAGGCAGACGGCAGAUUACCGCCUCAAAUAAUGUGGCUUAAAGAUGGCGUGCCACAAAACAACAACAACAAUAACAACAACUUCAUGAGUAGAGAUGGACUGCUGUUGUUCGAUCGGGUCGAUAAGAGUGAUGCCGGCAAUUACACUUGCAUAGCGAGCAAUGAGCAAGGAUCGAUCAAUGCAACAGUUUCCCUCGUGGUCUAUGUUCGACCUCGCUUCAAAAUUCCCCUACCUUCCAACUUGACAAUGCGGGAGAGUCAGCAGUUGAUGUUGCACUGCGUGGCUACAGGCGAUCCUCUGCCUACGACCAGCUGGCAGAAGAACAACAAUCCACUCGUCUCCAACAACAGAAUUAAGGUUUUACAGAACGGAACUUUAGUGAUAUCGCAGUUGUACAUGGAAGACUUCGGCAAGUACACAUGCAACGCACGGAAUGUCGGUGGCGUUGAAAGUUUCGACCUCCAUCUUCAAGUCUCCAGCACAGAGAACUACAACAAACUGAUGGCCAGCGACGGAUCACCACAGAGCGGACCAACUGAUGGACAAACGAAUGCCGACAUGAUGAAGACCAUUAUCAUCGCUGUGUGUUGUGGCAUGGCUUAUUUGGCGGUCGUCAUUAGUUUGACUGUCUACUGUACUAUCAGGAUGACCAGAGCGAAGCACUUGAGAAAGAAGGGCAAAGAAAAAGAUGGUGCCCUCAAUGGUUCCAACAGUUGCAGUAACAACAACAACAUCAACGUCAAUGAUACUGCAGCCACAGAAUGCGCUGGCUUGGUUCCAAGGAAAGAUCUAGAACUUUCCUCUUCCAUAUCAACAUCCUCCUACAAUACGAGAACUAAUAACAUAGAUGACUACAACACGCUGGCCACACUGAGAGGAACAUCUCAUUUGAACCUAUUCUCGUCGCAACUGCAUCAAACCAUCUUGCCACAUGUUCCUCCAGAUAGGUUGUACAUACCCAGGCACAAGCUACACAUGAUUGGAAUGCUUGGUCGUAGUCACUACGGCGAUGUUUUUGUCGCCAGAACCGACCAUUUGGAUCUGACGACCGACGUUGUUAUGGUCAAGUCAUUUUUAUCUAAGACCGAAGUUAAUGGUGAGCAGUGUUUGAGAGAAAUUGACACUUUCGGAAAAUGCCACCACAAAAAUAUCGUCAAACUCAUCGGACUAUGUGCUGAUAUUGAUCCUCUGUUUGUUAUAUUUGAGCACUGUGAAUGGAGCGAAUUACGAAACAAUUGCUAUAAAAAAUUUCAGGAUGACUUGAAGAAGUUCUUGCACGCAUCUCGUGAUGGCAUGUUGCCGCUGAUAUCUUCCAAUCAGAUGAUCGCUCUUUGCGGUCAGGUGGCCCUGGGAAUGGAACAUCUUUGCAACAAUGGCUUGAUUCACAGAGAUCUUGCAGCCAGAAACAUCGUCAUCAAUGCUGCUACGUUGGAGGGCAAAAUUAGUUGCCCAUCUCUCUGCAGAGAUGCUUACAUGAACGAAUACUUCCCGCUGAAUGAGAGACUCAUUCCUCUAAGGUGGAUGGCUCCUGAGGCUAUUCUAGAUUCGUGUGAAACAUCUGCCAGUGACGUCUGGUCAUUUGGAGUGUUUGUAUGGGAGGUGUACAGUCUUGGUCAAAUUCCAUUAUCCACAAAAACAGACGAUCAAGUUCUUGAGGGGUUAAACUCCCGAGAGAAUAAACUAAAUUACCCGAGAAUUACGCUGACAUCAGGGUACAAGCCACCAAGUUCGACUGACUGUCCGGAAAAUGUUUGGCAGUUGAUCCAAGCAUGUACGACUGAGAAUCCCCGACUGAGACCUCGGUUCUGUGAUAUCGUCUCUUCACUAUAUGACCUAACUUACGAAACAGUUGUCAAUAAACCUGAUGGCUUUGUUAUAGCUUAAAUCAUUAGUUUAAAUACAAUUGUUAUUAUUAUUCACUUUUAAUUAUGUUUAGUUUCAUUCUGUUAUUUUUUCACGCUAUAAAUAAUAACUUGUUAGUUAAAUAAAUUAAAUUUUUUUGAAGUAACUUUGUAUGCCCUUUCAUAAAUGUAAAUUAUUUAUUAAAAAUUUUAAAAGAUAUUUAUUUAUUUCAAAUGUUUUGCUCUUGUAAAUAAACUUUAGUGAUUUUGAUAAAGAAUGAGCGUGAUCAUUGAUGAUAAAAAAAAAAAACAGGCAAUUUAUAUCGGACUAUGCAAGUUCUGUAAAUACAUCAGCCAAAGCAAUUACAUGUAUGAUCAAUCAAUCACCCAUCCUAUCCACAAUACAGCACCUACUACAGUAUAUCCAACAUAACAGACAAACCCUUUUUUCAUUUUCAUCAUUUUGGCAAAAAAAGUAAUUAUUUGUAAAUAAAUUGUUUGAAAUGUUUGUUCAAGCUGCAUGUAUUAAUACGUUGAAAUUGAGUUUGGUAAUAAAACUUCUUAAAAUCUUACUCUAACGUUGUAGUUAAAAAUCAUAAAGCAAAAUUAAAUUAUGUACAAAUUAAUAAAAACAAAAUAAUAUUCAUUUGCUUAUUACGUUUGAUAGUUUCAAUGCAUUAGGACCUUAUAGCUUACAUAAUAGAAAACGCUAACAAACAAGAACAAACAUGCGAACAUUUAUAUUUAUAUCAAGUUCAUCAAGAGCCUUUUGUCGUAAUGUCAUGUCGUUGUAGCUACAGUGUUAAUUCUGUUAACGUUGUUGUUGUUAUCAUUGUUGUUGUUGGCGUUGGCGUUGUUGUUGGUGGUGUUGCUUGUUUCAUUAACGUCUUGCUUAAUGUCAAUAUUGUUGUUGAUGUUGAUAUUGUUGAUGGCAGUUUUAUCGUUGCUUGGUUGCAGUGUUGUUGUGGCUGUCAAAAUUGAAUUGUCUUGGUUGAAAUAAUUUGCAUAGGAAACAACUGAAUAGCUUGGUACGUUGCCUACCGCGGAGUAAUUAAAGGAUGAGAGUGAUUGCAACUUUAUUGGCUCGAAAUUUAAGUUGAAGUUCAAUUCCUGUUGCUGAAUUUGCUGUGGCUGUUGAAUGUUUUGCAAGUUUUGCGAUUGUUGUAAAUACGGAUAGUGUUGUUUCAGUUGUUGUUGCUGCUGCUGAGAUCUGUCGAAUUCGUUAUUGUUGGCGUUGCUUU